AUGUCGACAUACGAAGUUGAGCAUGGCACUGCCGACCCUGCCACAGCCUCGACUAAAGCCCCUCGUCGUCGUCCUGAUCUCUCUACCUUUUUCGCGACCCUGUCUGAAAUCACACCUGACCCUGAACACCCUCAGCACCGUCCACAUGCUGUCCCCGUACCUGGGGAUGUGAGUGCAGCUUUCUACUCGCUCGCUGAGGCAUUAAGAGUGAUGCGCCAGGAUUCUGCAUCUGGCGACGCGGAAAGAGAGACAGAAGGCAAUGCUGAGCUUGGAAACGAUGAUCUUCUCUCACAAAUGAUUCAAAAUUUGUUAAGUGGAGCAGAUAUGCCACCCAGGGAGGUUGAGGGUGUGAGCGAUGAGUUCUGUGAUAUGCUCGAUCGCGUUCCUAAGUCCUCCCUUAAGCCUGAUCAAGCUUGUCCCAUUUGCAAUAAUCCUUUCUUGGAGGAUGAGUUUCCUCUUGUUGUGAGAUUGCCUUGUCACCCGACUCAUAUGUUUGAUAUGGAGUGUGUGAGACCUUGGUUGCGGCUGCGUGGAACUUGUCCACUUGACCGAGCGGACUUUGCUAAGCAGCUACGUGAGAAGGAAGAGGCUAGGAAGAAGCUUGUGGAGGAGGAUGAAGAGGACGAAUGGGAUGGAAUGUACGGUUAA